CAAGAACACAAGUUCUUGUCACCUGACAAGGGAAACAGACCAUUUAUUCACUCUUGCUUGAUAUGUCAGGAUGCCGAGGAGAGAUAGCAUGCCCCUCCUUUAUCCAAGAGAUAGAGCGUCCCCCGUGACGCUGGACUGGAUUGAUGGCAAGAACGUCAAGCUGCUUCAAGUGGCCAACCACAGGGAGUCCUUUCGGUUCAAGAAGCUGAGCCAGGCGCUGAGCACCAUUGAGAACAUCCACAAGGCCUGCUGGCUACGGGAAGAGAAGAGGAUCAAACAGAACUUACGCAGACUGGCCAGUGUCAGUCCACGCUGCACAAGUCACACCAUUUUCAAGAGGGGCAGUAACAUGAGCUCCAAGGCCUCCAUGAGCAGGGCGAGUGGUGUGACGCUGCCCCCCUGUGUGUCAGCCCGUGGGGCAGCAGGGGCGGUGGGAUGCACUGGGGAGGAGGGCCCCCCUCCCACCACACCGGGACGCAGCCAAACACAGCAGAGCAUCGCACUGCCUUCCCCAAAAGGCCCGGUACUCCCCAGCCUCCCCAAAGCUGCCUCGGCUCCCUGCUCCCUCAGCCGGGCCCCCAAGCAGGACACCACGCAGGACACCCAGGUGACCCAGGUCAUAUGUGACCGUGAGGGUGAGAUGACGGCGCCCACCACCCCGCAGCAGCAGUCCGCCGCCACCCCCUUCUCCUGGGCCUCGUCCCUGCCCUCCAGCAGCCGCAUGGGCACUGCCACCCCCGGCACCCCCAAGACCAGUGGCAUGCCCAGCAGCCUGGGGCUGGAGCUCCUGGAGCCAGAGGUGGGUGGCGUGGUGCCGUCCCCCAGCCUGCUGUCGCUGCUGCCGCCCCACCUGACGCCGGAGCUGCACGGGCUGCAGGAGGCGGUGCUGGGCUUCCCCCUGCUGCAGAAGAGGGUACGCGAGCUGAUGAGCAGAGCCAAGGCCAUGGAGCAGCAGCGGCAGGAGCGGCGCAGUGUGGCACUCAAGCCACUAGAGGCGCUCAGGUGCAGAUACCUGCGGCUCUCCGAGAGCAACAUCACCACCCUGAUGGACCUGUGCAAGGAGUCUGGGAUCGAGGUGGACAUCCACCCACACAUGAAGGACUCGGACAUCGACAUCGCCACCCUCUUCAAGGACGCCCCCUCGCCGUCCCCAAGCACUGAGAUACUGUGACUCCACAGUAUGGGCGCGCUCUGCUGGCUUUGCUCACAAAAACACAUUAAAACACAAGUCACAUACACA